AUGAUAUUCUUGUCAACAUUGAUCAAGGUUGCCUCAGUUGCUACAAUUAUCUUGCUGGCUGGUGGAUCGACUUAUUAUUAUUUAUAGAAUGAGAAUAAUAGUAAGGUGGAGACAAAACAUUUAAAGGGAAAUCAUGCACAUAACACACAUUUUCUUCAUGGAAAAAUGGAAGAUUAAGAUUUGCAUAUUUGCAAUCAUGGUCACUUUAUUAAGGAUAUAGAAAUUGAAGAGCCAGAACGUCCAACUGAUAUUCCUUUAGAGGCUAGGUUAUCACAUGAAUAAAUGCUAAUUAAGAAUCAUAAAUAAGGAAAUUGGUAAACAAUCAGAAUAAAGACUGAUUAUUCAUCAUUUUAAGUAUGAGAUAGAUAUUAUGAUUAUUAGGCAUCAUAAUAAUAAGCUGAUUUCAUUGAGAAUAGAUUAGUGAAAGCAGCAACUGGAUUCUUAAAAGCCGCCAUAAAAGUGUAUCCAUCAUCCAAGUUAUUUUUGAGUGGAUAAUGUGGUACAGUAACUAUCCCAAGUUCAUAUAAAAGUGGAGUGACUGGAGUUGAUUUGGUAUUAUUCGUCACAGCCACAACUUCAUAAGAGUCUUGGGUAGCAAGAGCAGGAGCAUGUAGAUUGGAUCCAACAACAUUAAGACCUACAGCUGGUUCAUUAGAAUUCAAUCUUAAAUAUUUUAAUCAACUAGAUUUUAGUAAGUUAAGUGAAGGUAAAUGGUUUAAAUGGAUUUAAACUACAAUCCAUGAAAUGACUCAUGUUCUAGGAUUUAGUAGUGGAUUAUUCCCAUAUUAUAUUGAUCCUAAUACAAUGUAGAAGUUAGGAGUUACUUAAAUAGUUAAGACAUAUGGAGGAAGAGAUUGGAUUAUUUUGCCUAAAGUAGUUAAUGCUGUCAAGAGUCAUUUUGGAUGUUAAUCAGCCUGGGGAGCUCCAUUAGAAAACAAUGGAGGAUAAGGAACAGCAGGAAGUCAUUGGGAAAGAACUAGUUUUGGUAAUGAAGCUAUGACUGGAUCUGAAUUCCCAGAUUCAGUAUUCACACUAUUCACUUUCAAUUUACUUGAAUCCACAGGAUGGUAUAAUAUGGAUCAUAAGUAAUCUGAACCAUUCAAUUGGGGAAAGGAUGAAGGUUGUCCUAUUGCUCAAGGACAAUGUGUAAAAGGAUUGAGAGAAUUCUGUACAGCAGGUAGUGAUGGAUGUUCUUCUGAUUUUACUGGUAUUGCAACAUGUUCAUAAAGUGAUGUAUUAACUGAUGGAUGCGGAUAUUGGAGAGCUUAUGGUAAUUCUGAUUGUAGAUAUAACUCUGAUUUUACAAGUUAAUUGGCAUAAUAUGGAGGAUAUUAUGGAAAUGAUGGCAAGUGUUUCUAUACAACUUUACCUACUAAAAUAGGAUUCUAAGGAGUGGUUUCUGAUUGUUUUAAAGCUGUUUGUUAAGAUAAUGUUGUAACAUUUUCAAUUUCUAACAAGAGUUAUUAAUGUGUUACAUCAGGAUAAGUAUUUAUUUAAAUAUAUAUAUAUUAGACAAUAAAUGUUAAAUAUUCCUAUUACAGUGCAACAGUCACUUGUCCAGAUGUCAAGCAUUUCUGUAAUACCCAAAGAAUUUGCCCUAAUGCUUGCAGUGGGGUUGGUACAUGUAGAGGAACCACAUGUUAUUGUUGGUCUGGAUUUAGUGGAGCCGAUUGUUCUGUAUCUUCAUGAUU